AUGGCGUUCCAGGAUUCAAACCCUUUCGGUGUUCUGGCGGACACCCAAUCCCCAUCGCCGGCGGCGGCGGCUGGAUCACCACCCCAGGUGCAACUCGUGGGCGCUGAGGGCGAGGAGCCACUGGAGGUUGUUAUUGAGAAUGUCGGGUUUCUGGCUUUAGGCGGCGACACCAAGGUCAAAAUUCUACCAAAGGGAUACGACAAGGACUCAUUACCACCGUCGAGCGUAUCGUUAUUUUCUGUCGCAAAUAGGAGCGGGCUGUUUGCCGCUGCAGCACAUUCAGAUUUGGUCGUUGGCAGCACUUCAUCUCUUCGUGAAACUUUCGCUGGCGCAUCUGACGGCGUUGCAGAGUAUCGUCCUCAACUUUCCCUUUCGUUGCCCGCAAAUAUUUCGCACAUCGCAUUCACGGCAGAUGAGUCUCAUCUUGUAGUUGGCUCUGCUUCGGGAGGACUUGUGGUUUAUUCCGUCAGCGCACUUAAUAGCAGUAAUGCGCAACCUCUAUUUGAGCUGGGAACGGGCGGUGUUGGGCUGAGAGAAAUGAAGCCUAAUCCAGCAACGCCCGAAUUGGUGGCAGUUGUCACCACCAACGGGGAUGUCCAAAUGGUAAACAUAAGCACAGGAGGAUGGGAGGAAGGGUCGAAUGGCCCAGUAUUGAAGACAGGUGCAUCAACUGUCUCCUGGAGUCAACGUGGAAAACAAAUUGUCUGCGGAAUGGGAGAUGGAACCGGCUGGCAGAUGACACCCCAAGGAGAAGGAAAGGCCGUUUUACCGUCAGUUCCUGGCUUGGAAAACCAUUUCGUCUCAUCGAUUGUCUGGUUGGAAAACAAUCUUUUUAUCACAACUCACACGCCAGUCCCAGCCGAACCACAGAACAAUGACUCUCUUUUUCAUGUAUUGGUUCGGACCGGCUCUUCAUUUACAUAUACCAGGCUCCCAGACCCCGUUCCCCCAUAUGGCUUGGACAGUCGAACACCACCUUAUUUCUUUCACGCCCUCAUCAAACAGUACGCCCCGGCCUUGAAGGAUAUGAUCAUAUUCUCAAAUACUUGCUCGUCAGACAUUGGCCUUAUCAGCCGCUUCUCCACGGCAGUAGCUGGCGAACCUCCUGCACCUGCAGAUGCUUGGAUAACUUCGUCGAUUGGUGACGAUACCCGCCGUGCGCAGCUGCCUUUGUCUGGGACCGAUUUCCAAGAUACCUCUGUUAUGGGCAUGGCGCUUGAUCUUAGUAACAAAGAAAGUGUCAAACGCCCUGUUGGCGGAGAAGAAAUUGAGGAAUCCCCGGGGCCAUUACCUAUCCUGAUGGUUCUAAAUCAUGAGGGUUUAUUAUGCGCAUGGCACGUAAUCUAUAACGAUGCUAUGGAACAGCGUGAAAAGUACACCGGAAUGAUGGUCUAUUCACCACAAGACCAGCAACAGCAACAGCAACAGCCUCCACGGCCAGGGACCCCUCCCAGGACGUCAUUUGCAGCUGCUGCGCCGACUGCAGGCACCAGCUCCUCAUUUGGAGCAUUUGCCUCUAAAUCCGGACCUAGCGCGUUUGGUACGGCCAGAUCUGCUUUUGGUGCCCCUAGUUUUGGAACGCCAAGUAUGAGUUCACCUUUUGCGGGCGCUGCCUCAGCUCAGACUUCAGGGAGUGCCUUCGGUCAGCCAUCGGCGCUAGGUGCAUCGUCGCCAUUUGCAAAGGCAGCAGCUAUGGGCUCGACCACGUCUGGGAGCGCUUUCGGUCAAACCUCAGCCCUAGGACAGACUUCAGGAACUGCUUUUGGCCAACCCUCAGUACUAGGGGGGGCUUCUCCAUUUGCUAAGGCAGCGGCUUCAGGUACCACCUCCGGGAGUGCUUUUGGCCAACCAUCCGCCCUCGGAGGUUCACCAUCUCCAUUUGCAAAUGCAGCGUCAGUAGGCCCUGCCACACCCACCCCAGCAUUCGGAGCACCAACUUCUCUUGGGCUAGGAAAGAACUCAACACCGGGGUUUGGUCAAACGGCGCCACUUGGGAGUACAGGGGCGUUAGGAAGUUUGAGUAGCGGGUUUGGUGCAUACGCAGACAAAGCUGGGUUUGCUGCCGCCGCGCCUUCCGCAAAUGCCACACCAAUAUGGGGUAAUUCAAGCAAGGGGUUCAAUACAGACCCUACACCGUCUGCAUUUACGGCUUCGAAUACAUCUGGUUUUGGAUCUCUCGCGGGCAGUGGUUUUAAGAUCUCAAGUGGGUUCAAGCCUGACUCGUCAACUGCAGAUGAAACGACAACUCCCUCAAACGCUGGAAGUAGUUUUGGAUUAGGUGGAGGAUUCAGGGAUGCCUUGGGCACUGCACAGGCCACACCAAGAGGAUUUAGCGAUCAAGGACCGAAAGACGCGGACAUGGAUAGCGAUGCCGAACAGGAUAAUAAUGCAAGUGAUGAUGAUGAAGAUGCCCCUCCUCCGACUAGGCUUCAGGGCGGUCCAUCACAACCAACCUCUUCAACGUCUUUCUCAAGAUCUGGUGGUUUACCAAGUGGAAUCUUUGCGAAAGCCAGUGCCGAAGCGUCAAAAUCUAGCCCGUUUGCAUCAGUUAAUAAGCCGGCUGGAUCAGAAUCUCCAUUUGCACAGUCACCAUUUGGAAAGCCUACCACGACUGAUCCACAGUCGUCACCGUUUGGUGCGGCUGCCAGUGGUUCGCCAUUUGCUCAUGGCAAGGCUGCGUUUGCGCCAUUACCUCCCAGUAGCACACCGCCAGCUUUUUCUAGCUGGGGCAGCGUGAAGCAGACCACUAGUCCUUUCACUACUGGUGCUCAACCCAUGAAACCAGCGUUCGGAAGUACCGGUUUUGGUGCCUUUGCUCCGAAACCACAACCCUCAAGUACAGAAAGGUCGACGCCGCCAGUGACUGGUCAGCCUGAAGCUGCGCCGUUACCACCAGACUUCACCUCGUCCAAAGUGAAAUCAGAGACAGCUGAGAAUGUUGUGCCAGAUGCUCCUCUACCUCCAGAUUUUACCUCUUCGAAAAAAGAGACUAAGCAGGAGCUCAAUGCUGAGGACGCUCCUUUACCACCCGAUUUUACAUCAGUCAAGAAAGAAGCUAAACAACACUCUAACGCGGAGGAUGCGCCAUUGCCACCGGAUUUCACUUCUCAGAAGAAGGCUGACAAGGGAGACCGUCUUGAAAGCGCCGCUGAAGAUGCGCCGUUGCCACCCGAUUUUACAAAUAGUCUAAAGGAGAAGGCCGCAGAGGAGGAAAUCCCAAGCUUGCCUGCAGAUGAAUCGGAGGAUGAAGGAAUCGAUGCUCACGAGGAGGAGAUUUUUGACGAUGACAAGGAGGAUGAUGAGCAAGAUGAUGAAGACGAUGGAGAAGGCGAAGAAGAUGAAGACGAAGAAGAGGGAGAGGGAGAGGAAGACGAAGAGGAAGACGAGGAGGACGAAGAUGAAGACGAAGAUGGUGAAGAAGACGUAUGGCUCAAGGAGCAGCAAGAGCGCCCCGUGACUCCCAAAGAAUUCAAAUACGACCCCAAACCAAAACCCUCAACUACAAGUCCAAGCACAUCUAACAUUUUUGGGUCCAACACAUCCUUCAAAGAUACUAUUGGUACUGUCGACAAGGCUGCUCCAUUCGCUGGUCUGUUUGGCAGUAAACCAACACCUAGCAAAGAAAUUGAACAUGGGAAAACCCCAACUAAAACAAGUUCUUUGUUCGGAGCGCCAAAAGGCAAAUCGCCAGGACACGGCAUCACUCCGCCUUCUGGGAAGGAUAAAUUAUCCAGAUCUGGCUCUGGAAUGGGUGGAAGUGGGAUGUUCAACAAGGCAAAGAAGGUAGGAGCUGCAGAAAUCGGCAAGUCUGUUACCACACCAGCUCCUGCAUCUAGCUCGCCGCCUUUCCCUACGCCUUCACCAAUUCCUGCCCCUGCCCCCACAGCCUUUUCUGCUGCUACCAACAAGGCAGGAUUUGCAGCGCCUUCAGGGUCCCCGCCAGUAUCCUCAUUUCCCCAACCUUCUCUGGCGCCUAAAUCUCUAGGUUCUACGCCACCUGCUGCAGGCAGACAACAGCCAAGUCCAUUUACCAGAACUGCAUCUGCUCCUUCCCCGUUCAGCGGAACAAACUUUGGCUCACCUACAGCCCAGCAGCAAACUAGGAGUAGUCCGCUCUCAGCGCCAUCAUUCCAACAGGCACCGAAGGAGGUUGAGAAGGUCGAAGAACCAGAUAGUGAUUUGGACCUAGACAAGGAAUUUAAUGAGCUCGACGAUGAAAAGGUUCGAAGGAAGCUUCAAAGAGGGACGAUUAAGCCGCUUGAAAACUUGCCCAAGAUUAAGAAUAUGGGAGAAAUUCAGCUCUCAGAUGAUUUCAAUGAAGUCUUUGACGCUAUAUACCUCAAUGGCAACAUGAUGGUCAACAGGCUUGGUUUAACAGUUAGAGGUAUGACAGCAUAUCACAUGGCACAGACUCAACCUAUCGCCGAUUGCAAGCAUGAAAGUGCAAAGGACAUGAAACAGUCCAAGGACUGGAAGUUCUGUGAACUUGAAAAAGUUCGGAAAAUAUUGGAAGAGGUAUUGGAUGGUGUGAAGAAAGAGAAUAAAGGAAAUGAAGAAUUGGAAGCGCAGUAUGAAGCCGCAAACAAGGGAUUCAUUAAGCUGGACACCAAAGACGCGGAAAUCAAGCGUUUGCUUGCAGUUCACAACGAUCCCCGAGCAGCCGCCCUGGCUCGCGCCAGAACCCUGACGUCUGAGCAGCACCUACAGCAAAUAAAGCUUCGCAAGGAGUAUACCCGUGUUGAGAAACUCCUCAAAGACGCCGAAAAGGAAGUCACGCAGCUUAAAGCCAAGAUAGCCUCCCGAGACAAGAACAAUGCGGGCACAGUUGUCCCCCCAACUGUUGAGGCGGUUCGUAACACUAUUAUGAAACUCACCGGCAUGGUUGAGCGUAAAAAUGGAGAUAUCGAAUAUCUUGCCGAUCGUCUUAACAGGGUCAAGCUGAAGAGUAGAAGCAUCUCUGUGACGCCUAGUGGUCGUUCUAGACUUAUGUCCCCCGACAUCGGCAUAAGAUCUGAAGCACCAUCGAUGAGAUUUAGUACACCCGAAAGAGGACUUGGUAGCAGUAUUGGGCCAUCAUUUGGAAGUGUUCCAACGCCCGUACUGACACUCACGGAUCCGACUGAUGUUGCUGUAGCAAGGGAGGAAAAGAAGGCUAGGAGGGAAAUGGGGAAUAGAUUGAGGGGCGUACUGGAGAAAAAUGGUCCCAGGGUCACAGGAGGGCAAGGGCAAGGGAAUUAUUUUAUGAAAUAG